AUGACAUGGAGAAACCAAUUAUCAAAGAAUCUUAAAGAACUUCGUGUACAUUUUUGCCAAACUUCUCCUGAAAGUAAGGGUGUUAGAGAAUUCAUUGCCCAAAAUUAUAGCUCAUUAAAGGUGGCAAACCCACAUUUUCCAAUUUUGAUCCGUGAAGCGAGCGGAGUGGAAGCAAGAUUUUUCGCUAGAUACGACUUUGGCAAAGAAACAAAAGUUGUACUAAAUAAUCUUUCAUCAAAAGACGUAGAAUCUAAAUUAGAAGAGCUAGUCACUAAGAGCCCUGCGAGAUAA